GCCGCAUCGCUGCGUGUUUCUCACUGCUGCUGCGGAGCCUCGUGAUAUGCGGAGCCUCGAUUAGUCCUUUCGACGGCUCUCCAUUUCACUCAAUAUUUCACCCGUCGCCUUCCCGUUCACUUUGACCUCUACCUUACAGCAAACAGGAGCGGGGAAUGAAACAAUAUUCACAUCUUGCCGUCUGACAACGCCAUCCAGAGAAUUUUGUCCACCCUGUGUGUUUUUUCUUAUCUUCUCGUCGUUCGGCGAUAAAUGGUGAAGACUUGAUGAGACAACUAGAGGACCAGUGACUGCCCUGUUCAUUUCUCUCCUGCUGCCGGCGGGGUUUCUGGGUGUUGGGUGGGUAGGGUAGUGAGGUGACAUGGCGGACGUGGACCCAGACACAUUGCUGGAGUGGCUGCAGAUGGGACAGGGUGAUGAGAGGGAUAUGCAGCUCAUCGCGCUGGAGCAGCUCUGCAUGCUGUUGCUCAUGUCAGACAAUGUUGACCGCUGCUUCGAAACGUGUCCUCCACGGACAUUUCUCCCAGCUCUGUGUAAGAUCUUCCUGGAUGAGAGCGCACCAGAUAAUGUGCUGGAAGUGACAGCCAGGGCCAUCACCUACUACCUGGAUGUGUCUGCUGAAUGCACCCGCAGGAUUGUGGGAGUAGAUGGAGCCAUCAAAGCCCUGUGUAACCGGCUAGUGGUGGUGGAGCUCAACAACAGAACCAGCAGAGAUCUGGCUGAACAAUGUGUAAAGGUUCUGGAGCUAAUCUGCACACGGGAGUCUGGAGCUGUAUUUGAAGCGGGUGGACUGAACUGUGUGCUGAGCUUCAUAAGGGACAGCGGUCAUCUUGUGCACAAGGACACAUUGCACUCUGCCAUGGCAGUAGUUUCUCGUCUCUGUAGUAAGAUGGAGCCACAAGACUCUUCCCUAGAGACAUGUGUGGAGUCCCUCUCUAGGCUGCUGAAACAUGAAGACCACCAGGUGUCUGAUGGAGCUCUUCGUUGCUUCGCUUCACUGGCGGACCGGUUUACGCGGCGAGGAGUUGAUCCAGCCCCAUUAGCUAAGCAUGGACUGACAGAAGAGCUGCUGUCCCGUAUGGCUGCGGCAGGAGGGACGACAUCUGGACCCUCCUCCACCUGCAAGCCUGGCAGGACCUCUAGUGGAGCCACUCCAUCUGCUGCGGACUCUAAACUGAGCAACCAAGUGUCCACCAUUGUCAGCCUUCUGUCCACACUCUGCAGAGGCUCACCACUUGUCACACAUGAUCUUCUGCGCUCAAUGCUGCCUGACUCUAUGGAGAGUGCUCUACAGGGGGAUGAGCGCUGUGUGCUGGACACCAUGCGGCUGGUGGACCUACUGCUUGUGCUGCUCUUUGAGGGACGCAAGGCUUUACCCAAAUCUACAGCUGGUUCUACCGGCCGUAUCCCUGGUCUGCGGCGUCUUGACAGCUCCGGGGAACGCUCUCACCGACAGCUUAUUGAUUGCAUACGCAGCAAAGACACAGAUGCUCUCAUCGAUGCCAUUGACACCGGUGCAUUUGAAGUAAAUUUCAUGGAUGAUGUAGGACAGACUCUCUUGAACUGGGCAUCUGCAUUUGGAACACAAGAGAUGGUGGAGUUCCUCUGCGAGAGAGGUGCUGAUGUCAAUAGAGGCCAGAGGUCAUCCUCUCUGCACUAUGCUGCCUGUUUUGGCAGGCCACAAGUAGCCAAGACUUUACUGCGCCAUGGGGCCAACCCUGACCUGAGAGAUGAAGAUGGGAAAACACCAUUGGACAAAGCUAGAGAGAGGGGACACAGUGAGGUUGUAGCAAUUCUCCAGUCUCCUGGAGACUGGAUGUGUCCUGUCAACAAGGGGGAUGACAAGAAAAAGAAGGAUGUUAAUAAAGAAGAGGAAGAGGGCAGUGAGCCGAAAGGUGACCCUGAGAUGGCGCCCAUCUACCUGAAAAGGCUGCUCCCAGUAUUUGCACAGACCUUUCAGCAAACCAUGCUGCCUUCAAUAAGGAAAGCUAGUUUAGCUCUGAUCAGAAAAAUGGUGCACUACAGUUCUGAAGUUCUACUUAAGGAAGUGUGUGACUCUGAUGCUGGACACAACUUGCCCACUGUACUUGUGGAGAUCACUGCAACUGUGCUGGAUCAGGAGGACGAUGAUGAUGGUCACCUGCUGGCACUGCAGAUCAUUAGAGAUCUAGUGGAUAAGGGAGGUGACGUGUUCUUAGAUCAGCUGGCCAGGCUGGGGGUCAUUAAUAAGGUAUCCACUCUGGCAGGACCCACAUCAGAUGAUGAAAAUGAGGAAGAGGCCAAGCCUGAGAAGGAUGAUGAACCACAAGAGGAUGCCAAAGAGAUCCAGCAGGGGAAGCCUUACCACUGGAGAGACUGGUCCAUCAUCAGAGGCAGGGACUGUCUCUAUAUCUGGAGUGAUGCAGCUGCUUUGGAGCUUUCCAAUGGCAGCAAUGGUUGGUUCCGCUUUAUUCUGGAUGGUAAACUGGCCACCAUGUACUCCAGUGGAAGCCCAGAGGGUGGCUCUGACAGCUCGGAGAGCAGAAGUGAGUUUCUGGAGAAGCUGCAGCGUGCUAGAAGUCAGGUCAAACCGGUGACAGGCAGCCAGCCCAUCCUGUCCACACAGGGCCCCACCAAACUCACCGUGGGGAACUGGUCUCUAACUUGUCUGAAAGAGGGUGAGAUUGCCAUCCAUAAUUCAGAUGGCCAGCAGGCCACCAUCCUGAAAGAGGACCUACCGGGUUUUGUGUUUGAGUCAAACCGAGGCACUAAGCACUCUUUCACUGCAGAAACCUCUCUAGGGUCCGAGUUUGUUACUGGCUGGACUGGUAAGCGAGGAAGAAAGCUCAAAUCCAAAUUGGAAAAAACUAAACAAAGGGUAAAAACCAUGGCCAGAGAUCUGUAUGACGAUCACUUCAAGGCUGUGGAGAGUAUGCCGAGAGGUGUGGUGGUCACUCUGAGAAACAUCGCCACACAGCUAGAGUUACAUACUAACAGACAGUGCAUUGAAGGUGAAAACACAUGGCGAGACCUCAUGAAAACAGCUCUGGAGAAUUUAAUAGUUGUUCUUAAAGAUGAGAACACCAUUUCUCCAUAUGAAAUGUGCAGCAGUGGCCUCGUACAAGCACUUUUUACUGUCCUUAGCAAUAGUGUGGAGCUAGAUGUGAAACAUGAUUGUAAGCCUCUGAUGGAAAGAAUAAAUGUGUUCAAGACUGCGUUUACUGAAAAUGAAGAUGACGAAAGCCGACCAGCAGUUGCCUUAAUCCGCAAACUGAUAGCUGUGUUGGAGUCAAUAGAGCGCCUACCUCUCCACUUAUAUGAUACACCAGGCUCAACGUAUAAUUUACAAAUACUGACAAGGAGGUUACGCUUCCGUUUGGAGCGUGCUCCAGGUGAAACAGCCCUGAUUGACAGAACUGGUAGAAUGCUAAAGAUGGAGCCGCUGGCCUCCGUUGAGUCACUGGAGCAGUAUCUGCUCAAGAUGGUGGCCAAGCAGUGGUAUGACUUUGACAGGUCUUCAUUCAUCUUUGUUAGGAAGCUCAGAGAGGGUCAGAGCUUCACCUUCAGGCACCAGCAUGACUUUGAUGAAAAUGGAAUUGUGUACUGGAUUGGCACCAAUGCGAAGACCGCAUAUGAAUGGGUGAACCCUGCAGCUUAUGGAUUAGUGGUGGUGACUUCCUCCGAGGGCAGAAACUUGCCCUAUGGCCGACUUGAAGACAUCCUGAGCAGAGACAGCUCCGCGCUCAAUUGUCACACCAACGAUGACAAAAACGCAUGGUUUGCCAUCGAUCUUGGUUUAUGGGUCAUCCCCUCUGCAUACACACUUCGGCACGCUCGUGGAUAUGGCCGAUCCGCCCUCCGGAAUUGGGUAUUUCAAGUGUCCAAAGAUGGUCAGAACUGGAUGACUCUCUACACCCAUGUGGAUGACAGCUCCCUCAAUGAGCCGGGGUCAACAGCCACAUGGCCUCUGGAUCCAUCCAAAGAUGAGAAGCAGGGCUGGAGACACAUUCGUAUUAAACAGAUGGGGAAGAAUGCCAGCGGACAAACGCACUACCUCUCCCUGUCUGGUCUAGAAAUCUAUGGCACUGUUAUUGGUGUGUGUGAGGACCAGCUGGGUAAAGCAGUGAAGGAGGCGGAGGCCAACUUGAGACGGCAGCGCCGGCUCUUUCGCUCUCAGGUGAUGAAGUACAUUGUACCAGGGGCACGGGUGGUACGCAGGGGUAUCGACUGGAAGUGGAGGGACCAGGAUGGCAGUCCUGCUGGAGAGGGCACUGUGACUGGAGAGGCUCAUAAUGGCUGGAUUGAUGUCACCUGGGAUGCCGGUGGCUCAAACUCGUAUCGUAUGGGUGCGGAAGGGAAGUUUGACCUCAAGCUUGCACCAGGGUACGACCCUGAGUCAGCGCCGUCACCCAAACCUGUCUCAUCCACUGUUGCAGGCACGCCGCAGUCCUGGAGCAGCCUGGUGAAAAAUAACUGUCCAGACAAGGGUGGCUCAUCCUCCACAGCAGGGGCCAGCUCCUCUAGCCGCAAGGGUAGUAGCAGUUCGGUGUGUAGCGUGGCCAGCAGCAGCGAUAUAAGCCUCAGCUCCACCCGAGUAGAGCGCAGAGUCGAAAGCCUGUUGGAGCAGGGAGUAAGCAUCGGAGAAGGGCCCCUGGGGGCAGAGGGCCAAGAACCGAUAGUUGUGCUUUCCACAGCUGAUGCCGGCUCUGCCUCCAGCACCAGCACACUAACUGCAGACACAGGAAGUGAAAGUGGCGAACGUAAAACACCAGCACCCGAUGGCACUUCAAGACAGUCGGCAGAGUCAACGGCUAUCUCUAUGGGAAUCGUGAGUGUGAGCUCACCAGACGUCAGCUCUGUUUCGGAGUCCUCUAGUAAGGACGCUGCAUCCCAGAGGCCCUUGUGCUCUGCUACCAGUGCACGGCUGUCUGUCAGCUCGCUUUUGGCAGCUGGAGCGCCCAUGAGCUCCAGUGCCAGUGUCCCCAACUUGUCCUCUCGCGAGGCCAGCCUGAUGGAGUCGUUUGUUCGCAGAGCACCCAACAUGUCUCGCACCAAUGCCACCAACAACAUGAACCUGAGCCGAAGCAGCAGCGACAACAACACUAACACACUGGGACGCAAUGUAAUGAGUACUGCCACUUCUCCUCUCAUGGGUGCACAGAGCUUUCCUAACCUUACAACCACUGGUACCACCUCAACUGUCACAAUGUCCACCUCCAUAGUAACCAGCAGCAAUAAUGUAGCCACGGCAACUACAGGUUUGUCCGUCGGCCAGUUGCUAAGUAACACGCUGACGACCAGCCUGACUUCUACAUCUAGUGAAAGUGACACAGGUCAGGAGGCUGAGUUUUCGCUCUAUGACUUCCUGGACAGCUGUCGGGCCAAUACAUUGCUUGCCGAGUUAGAUGAUGAAGAGGACUUGCCAGAGCCAGACGACGAUGAUGAUGAGAAUGAGGAUGACAAUCAGGAGGAACAGGAGUAUGAGGAAGUUCUGGAGGAAGAGGAGUAUGAAACCCAAAAGGGGGUCGGCGCAGGGACCUGGGACGACGACUUUGUGCUGAAACGACAGUUUUCUGCUUUAGUACCUGCAUUUGAUCCUAGACCAGGCCGGACUAAUGUCCAGCAAACUACUGACCUGGAAAUCCCUCCACCAGGUACACCUCGCUCAGAGGUACAGGAGGAGGUUGAGUGUACACCUUCACCCCGUCUGGCUCUCAUCCUGAAAGUGGCAGGUCUAGGGACAACGCGAGAAGUAGAACUACCUCUCAACAACUACAAGUGCACCAUUUUCUAUUAUGUCCAAAAGCUUCUCCAGCUCUCAUGCAAUGGUGCUUUUAAACCUGACAAGCUUAGACGCAUCUGGGAACCUACGUAUACGAUAAUGUAUAGAGAAUUGAAGGACUCUGACAAAGAAAGAGAGAGUGGAAAGAUGGGUUGCUGGUCUGUAGAGCAUGUGGAACAGUACCUUGGCACAGAUGAAUUACCAAAGAAUGACUUGAUAACCUACAUGCAGAAGAAUGCAGACUCAACUUUCCUGCGCCACUGGAAAUUAACCGGCUCUAAUAAAAGUAUUAGGAAAAACAGAAAUUGUUCGCAGCUCAUAGCUGCAUACAAGGACUUCUGUGAACAUGGCUGCAGAUCUUCAGGACUGAGUUCAGGAACGUUGUCCGCCACGCAGAGCUGUGACAUUCUGAGUGCUGCACGCGAGCAGGCUCAGGCCAAGGCGGGCUCAGGACAGAGCGCCUGCAGCGUAGAGGACGUACUGCAGCUCUUGCGCAUCCUCUUUACUAUCGGAGGAGAACCCUCAUCCGGCCGCACACUACAGGAAGAUGUGGAAGAGCUGCAGUUCAAUGCAUCACCUGAGGAAUUCACCAGCAAAAAAAUUACAACCAAAAUCCUGCAGCAGAUUGAGGAGCCACUGGCCCUGGCUAGCGGGGCUCUCCCAGAUUGGUGUGAACAGUUAACCAGCAAGUGUCCUUUCCUCAUACCAUUUGAAACCCGGCAGCUUUAUUUCACCUGCACUGCAUUUGGAGCCUCCAGGGCAAUUGUCUGGCUCCAGACGAACCGAAGAGAAGCCACUAUGGAACGUUCCCGACCAUCCACAACGGUUCGCCGUGAUGAUCCUGGCGAGUUCCGUGUAGGUCGGCUCAAGCACGAGCGUGUCAAGGUGCCUCGCGGAGAGAGUAUGAUGGAGUGGGCCGAGAGUGUGAUGCAGAUACAUGCUGACAGAAAGUCUGUACUGGAGGUGGAGUUCCAGGGGGAGGAGGGCACUGGUCUUGGACCCACCCUGGAGUUCUAUGCUCUCGUGGCUGCAGAGUUCCAGAGGACUUCCCUUGGUAUCUGGCUCUGUGAUGACGACUUCCCAGAUGACGAGUCACGUCAAGUGGAUCUGGGCGGAGGCUUGAAACCACCAGGCUAUUAUGUGCAGCGUUCCUGUGGCCUUUUCCCUGCUCCCUUCCCUCAGGACAGUGAUGAACUGGAGCGUAUUACCAAGCUUUUCCUGUUCCUUGGCAUCUUUUUGGCCAAAUGCAUCCAGGACAACCGGCUUGUGGACCUGCCCAUAUCCCAGCCUUUCUUCAAACUGCUCUGUAUGGGCGACAUCAAAAGCAACAUGAGUAAGCUUCUUUAUCAACCUCGUGUCGAGUCGGACUGCCACUUCUCUGAAAUCCAGUCCGAAGCGUCUACCGAGGAGGGUCAGGACACAUACUCAGUGGGUAGCUUUGAUGAAGACUCCAAGUCCGAGUUCAUCCUUGACCCACCCAAGCCCAAGCCACCAGCCUGGUAUCAUGGCAUCUUGACCUGGGAGGACUUUGAACCGGUGAAUCCUCACAGAGCACGGUUCCUGAAAGAGCUGAAGGCACUGUCUGUGAAGCGCAGGCAGAUCCUGGGCAGUAAGAGUCUGUCAGAGGAUGAGAAGAACACACGGCUACAGGAUCUCAUGCUGAAGAACCCUAUGGGCUCUGGCCCACCACUUAGUGUAGAAGAUCUAGGAUUAAAUUUCCAGUUCUGUCCAUCAUCCAAAGUACAUGGUUUCUCAUCAGUAGACUUGAAGCCCAAUGGAGAGGACGAGAUGGUCACCAUGGAAAACGCAGAGGAGUACGUAGAGCUCGUGUUUGACUUCUGCAUGCACACAGGAAUCCAGAAGCAAAUGGAAGCCUUUAGAGAGGGCUUUAACAGGGUGUUUCCUAUGGAGAAGCUCAGCUCAUUUAGUCAUAAAGAGGUGCAGAUGAUCUUGUGUGGCAACCAGUCUCCAUCCUGGACCGCUGAGGACAUUGUUAACUACACAGAACCUAAACUUGGCUACACGCGGGACAGUCCUGGUUUCUUGCACUUUGUUCGAGUGCUGUGUGGAAUGUCAUCAGAUGAGAGGAAAGCCUUCCUCCAAUUCACCACAGGCUGCUCGACCCUGCCCCCUGGUGGACUGGCCAACCUACAUCCACGUCUCACAAUAGUCCGGAAGGUUGAUGCUACAGAUGCCAGCUAUCCUUCAGUUAACACGUGUGUGCAUUACUUGAAGUUGCCGGAAUAUUCCUCCGAAGAGAUCAUGAGAGAGCGGCUCCUCGCUGCCACUAUGGAGAAGGGCUUCCACCUCAACUGAGCAUGCUCUCCCUACAUCAUUGACCAACUCCCAUACUGGUGAAGCCUGUCGUGUUUUGUUGCAGAAAAUAAAGCUGUGCUUUGAUGAAAUCCUUUUCCCCUAAGCACCUCACAUGUACCCAAAUAAACCGGAAAAACAGUCCCAUCUUAGCUCCACUAGCUCCUGAAACUCCACUGACGGCUUCACAAGGCCUUUCCCAGGUCACUCUACACUGCUUUAAGGGCUUGAGCCGCUGGCAGCCAGGGUAGUCUCUCCUCACCUACUGUGUUUACUGUCAUUGUAAAUUUUGGCAUAGAUCAUCUUUUUCAGACCCAGAUAUCACCAUCUGCAGCGCCAGACCCUGGACACAAGCACACCCGCUUCUGUAGAGCUAACUAUAGAGUGUUUGGGCAUUUCCUUAACAGAUUUUAAGUUUUACUAGUGCCUGCAUUGUUGAAAUAUUAGGAUUUUUUCUUUCUUUCAUUUGUUUUACUUAAUCUGUCUGCAUACAAUCAUGCACACGCUUUUCCUUUUUUGCUUCCGUUACUGUGUAUGUUUUCAACUGUUUGUUGCCCUGCUAAAGUAUCAAAGUCCCCGAGUGCAUUUGUGUAAUUUUACAAUAAAGCUAUAGAUACAGAAACACUGGUUCUGUGUGAAAGGCACAUUAAAAAAAAAAAAGGUAAAGAAAAAAGACAAAGCAAAAAGCAAGCUGUGCUUUCCCUUGUAUUUUCUUUGUAUAUUAUAAACCUUUAUUUAACUCAAGUUGCAGUUUGAAGUAAACAAAUAUUUUCAAA